UAUCAAGGUAUUGCAUAGCUAGAUAGUAGUAGCCUUUGCAAAACCUCGACUUUGUCUGACCUUUCAACCAUAUGUGAAAAAAGUGUUGCAUGAAGCAACUCCUCACUGGGCUUCACUAUUGUCAUGUGAAACAUGUGCUUCACCGUGAUAUAAAAGGUGACUAUCCCCAAAAUACAUUGUUUGUUCUCUCGCCUCCCUUUUACUUACUUGGUUUACAGGUUCAAAUCUCCUUAUUGACAAGAAGGGAAACUUAAAGCUGGCGGAUUUUACACUUGCACGGACUCUGUCCCUUGAGUUUACUGGAACUUUGACAAACCAGGUCACCACUUUGUGGUAUAGGGCCCCUGAGUUGCUGCUUGGUGCUACGGAAUAUGGUCCAGCGGUUGACAUGUGGUCGGUUGCUUGCUUAUUUGCUGAGCUUUUGAAUGGAGAACCAAUCUUUCCUGGAAAAACUGAGAUUGACCAGUUGAAGAAGAUUUAUGAGCUUUGUGGAUCACCUGAUGAAAACAAUUGGCCUGGGGUUUCCGAGAUGCCUUUGUAUGAACGAUUUAAACCAUCACUGCCUCUGAAGAGCCGCGUAAUAGAGACAUACGGACACUUUGAUGCUCAUGCUCUUGAACUACUGGAGUGUAUGUUGGUGCUGGACCCGCCAAAGAGAAUAUCCGCAAAAGAUGCCCUUGAUUCAGAUUACUUUUGGAGUGAGCCGUUACCGUGUGAACCAAAGAGACUACUAGCUUCAUAUAAAUCAUCACAUGAGCUCCAGACCAAGAAAAAGCGGAAGUCGAUGCCUCGAAAAACAGCCAGGUUUUGAGGUGCAAGAGAUAGUUGAAGAAGAACAAGAGGAAGGACACUUUGAGAUGUAGAUAGUAGAUUAGUGAGAGAGAUUUCUUUGGAUACGGACAUAAUGAUAAAUCUGCGUUGAUGAUGAUGUAAGAUUCGGUUUUGUAUGCUGGUGGUGGUGGACAAACGAAACUAAACCGAACUAUAAAACCAGAUUGUCCAA